GGCGGGAGGGCGAGCGCUGGGCUCGGCCCGAACCGCUCGUCGUACAGACGGGUGGGUGAUGGCUCGGCUGAGGGAGGCCGGGUACAAUGCCGGCAUCUGCAAGUCUAAAUGGGAGGGCAGCGGCGGGCUGACCCGGGCAGCUAACGAGUACAUCGACGUUGCCGCUCAAGAUCAAGCGGCCGCGGCGACGACGACGAGAAGGUAUAUCGCUAGACCUGGACUUCGCGCCGCAGUUCGCGAUCGCGAGGUCGACGGCGGAGUACGAGGAGCUCGUCGCGCUGCUUCCGGACGCGGGUGGGAGGGCCUGAGCGUGCCGCCCGUGAGGAAGCGGCGGUACAUGAUGGCGAAGUGGUUCGGGCCCUAUCGGCGGACCGUUACAACCGCCUGCCGAGCUCGGCCGGCGCUGAGGCUGACGGCAGUAAGAGAGGUGCAGUAA